AUGUUAUAAUUACCUAUUAAUAAUAGAACACCAGGAUAAAAUUUUAGUUUUAAUUAGUUUGCCUCUGCACCUAAUUCUCCUGAUAGAAAUACACCAAACACUAUUAAAGAUUAUAUAAAGUAUAGAUAACGAAAUUUAAUUGAUUUUGUAAAAAGUCGAUUAUAGAGUCGGCAAAAUAGUCCAAAAAACCUUUUUAAAGUAGAUCUAAUCUAGUUUGCCAAAAAGAAAUAUGAUAGUAUGCCCAGUCCUAUUAUGGGAGAGAAUAAAUUUUUAUCAACUUAAAGAUCAAUAGGUGAUUCUAUCUAGAUUGUUAAUGGUUAGGGGAUGACAGAAGAUACAUUAUUUGAUGAAAUAAUAGAUUUAGAAAAUGCCAUAAAUUCAAAUGGAUUUGAAAAGAAAGUUAUGGGAUCAUAGAAACAAAUAAAUCAUUCAAUAAUGAAGAAAGAAGUAACUGAAGAUGGUUAAGUGAAAAUUAAUUAAUAUACAAUAUUAUAGGAACUUGGUAAGGGAUCAUUUGGGAAGGUGAAAUUGGCUAAGGAUAAUAAUAGAAAAUAUGUAUGAAAUUAGGAGUUAUGAUGUUAGGCAGUGAAAAUAUGUGAUAGAAAGAAAUUAAAAUUAAGGUUACUUUCAAGUAAAAUGGAUGCCUAUUCAUUAUUGGAUAAGGAGAUAGCCAUAAUGAAGAAGGUAGAUCAUGAAAACAUUGUUUAACUCUAUGAAGUAAUAGAAAAUCCAAAUAACGAUAAAUUAUAUUUGGUUUUGGAAUAUAUGGAUGGACCUUAACUAUUAUAAAUUAAAAAUAAGAACAUUGAUACUAUAUGGAGAUUAUUUAGAGAUUUCAUGUUAGGAUUAGAAUAUUGUAUAUAAUACCUAUACUAAAUUAUAAGUACAUAAUUUUGCCAAUAUUGCCCAUAUGGACAUUAAACCUGAAAAUCUUUUACUUAACUAAGAACUUAGAUUGAAAAUAGCUGAUUUCGGUGUUUCUUAGAUUAUGGAUGAUGAUUUGGUCAAAUCAAAAAUUGGGACAUCAGCUUAUCAACCUCCAGAAGUAUUUACUGAAGAUUAAGUAAGAGGUAAACCAAUUGAUGUAUGGGCUGCUGGAUUAACUUUAUAUUAAUUAGUUUAUAAUGAACAUCCAUUUAUUUCAUUAAAGUAGGAUCAAUUAAAGAAUAAUAUACUUACAUAAAAUAUUAAAUGGAGAGAGACUUCAGACUUAACAGAUUUAUUAAAGAGAAUGUUAGAUAAGAAUCCUAAUAAUAGAAUUACAACAUAACAAGUGUUAGUAUUUUUAUUGAUUUAUUUAAGGAACAUCCAUGGGUGACUAAAAAUGGUAGAUUUCCUUUGAAAAAUGAAUAUUAGGGUAAUUUUUGUGUUACUGAGAAUGAUAUACAUAAUGCUAUAACAAGAUUGUCUUUCAAUAUGGCUAUUAGAACUUUAAAUAAAUUGAAAUAGAAGUUAAACCAAUCUCGUUAAAGAUUAAAAUAAAGAAAGGCUUAAGAAUCAUGA